AUGUCUAAACCAGCUGGAAGAACUAUUUUAGCCUCAACUAUUGCUAAACCAUUCCAAGAAGAAGUCACACAAGCAGUUAAAAAAUUAAACUUUACUCCAAGAUUAGUUGGAUUUUUAGCUAAUGAAGAUCCAGCUGCUAAAAUGUAUGCUAAUUGGACGAGUAAAACUUGUGAAUCAUUAGGAUUUAAAUAUGAUUUAAUUGAAGUUAAUAAAAAUGAUUUGGAAACAGCAUUAAUUAAAGCUAAUAAAGAUGAUGAAGUUAAUGGUAUAAUGGUUUAUUUCCCAGUUUUUGGUGAUAAACAAGAUCAAUAUUUACAACAAUUGAUAAGUCCAGAAAAGGAUGUUGAAGGAUUGAACUUUUUAUAUUAUCAUAACUUGUAUCAUAAUGUUAGAUUCUUGGAUCCUCCUCAUAAUCAACAAAAAUCUAUCUUACCAUGUACUCCAUUAGCUAUGGUGAAAAUUUUGGAAUAUUUAAGUGUUUAUAAUAAUAUCUUACAUUAUGGAAAUAGAUUAUAUGGUAAAAAAGUGCUUAUUGUCAAUAGAUCCGAAAUUGUCGGUCGUCCAUUGGCAGCAUUGUUAGCUAAUGAUGGUGCAACAGUAUAUUCUGUUGAUAUCAACAAUAUUCAACAAUUCACUAGAGGUGAUGAUUUACUGGAACAAAGACAUAAAGUCGUUGAUUUGGAUGAAAGUUAUACAUUAGAAAAACUUGCACCUACUUGUGAUGUUAUCAUCACUGGGGUCCCACUGGAUAAUUAUAAAUUUCCAAGUGAUUUGAUUAGUCAUGGUACUGUUGUAAUUAAUUUUGCCAGUGCUAAGAAUUUCACCGAUGAUGUCAAAUCAAGAGCUGGAUUAUAUGUUCCUUCUAUUGGUAAAGUCACCAUUGCUAUUCUUUUAAGAAACUUGUUAAGAUUAAUCCAUAAUAAACAAAUCAGACAAGGUGAAAUUACUGAAUCCCCAUCAACAUCAUCUUUUGUAUAA